AUAGUAAUAUAUUUAUUGUUUUCCCCUUCGUCCAAACUAUUGGCUCAAAUACCUAAUCCAAGCUCUGCAAAUCUCCGUUUACACCUAAUUCAAUCAAUCGCCUCACAUCGUGUAGGGCUUGGAUUUGAAGGUAUACGAGCUAAUCUAUGGCGUCGAAGCGUAUAUUGAAGGAGCUCAAGGAUUUGCAGAAGGAUCCUCCGACAUCAUGCAGCGCUGGUCCAGUGGCUGAGGAUAUGUUCCAUUGGCAAGCUACGAUCAUGGGGCCCACGGAUAGCCCUUAUGCAGGAGGUGUAUUUUUGGUUUCAAUUCAUUUCCCUCCUGAUUAUCCUUUCAAGCCUCCAAAGGUUGCAUUUAGAACUAAGGUUUUCCACCCCAACAUCAAUAGCAAUGGGAGUAUAUGUUUGGAUAUUCUUAAAGAGCAGUGGAGUCCAGCUUUGACCAUAUCUAAGGUCCUGUUGUCCAUCUGUUCUCUGUUGACAGAUCCAAAUCCAGACGAUCCACUUGUACCAGAAAUUGCUCAUAUGUACAAGACUGACAGGGCCAAGUACGAGGCCACUGCUCGUAGCUGGACACAGAAAUAUUCUAUGGGAUGAUGGGGAAAGUGUUCUCGGACGUGUCUGAGAUACUUUUAAUUGCAAUGACUUCAUUUUGCUUUCUUUCGUAAGUGCAAUGUCUUUGUGCUUGGAUGAAAGUAAAAUGUUGGUAAGGAAUUCUGUUUACUUCUAUUCUCCAUUCAUGUCAGGUUGCCAAGAAGACCGAGAUCUUUCAAUAUGUGAAUAUGUCUAUUUGAUGAAUUUAAUGAGGGGAGAACCUAAAAUGUAAUUUUACUUUUGCUCCUUUCCUAAGUUUUGUCAAUUUGACCGACCUUGUAUGGUGCUUUUGAGGGGGAAAAUUUCAGUGAUCAAACCCUAAGUCUCCUCUGUAUGAGAUCACAUUUCAGUGUUCUGUGAUGUUGUAAGUCGUGCAAAGCAGAUUUUUCGGAAAUCAGUGUAGGGAAACGUUUCCCUACUAAAGUGGGAGGUCAGUGUUAUCAAUCUCUUCUCUGGGAUAAGUUCUUUGUAUUUGGUCUUAAAAUUUGACUUUUUCUUGCAUGUGUAUUGUGCCGAGAUAUCAGACUCUUCAAGGCUUUUUUCUUGUUCAUGUCGAUUUAUGACGGCUGCAAGAAGGGGCCUAAGUGCUGAUGUUUCAGUAAGCUAAUUAAUGUGUAUGGUUGAACAGAUGAUUCUCACUUGUUGGUGACUGUCUAAUGUGUUGAAGCCAAAUGCACUCUGGGGUCUCAUUGUCUUAACUCUUGGGAAUCGAUACUGAUGAAAUUGUGCUACCUUUCCUUUCCUAUCCCUCCAUUUCGUGAAGGGUUGUUACAUGAUAAGCAGUGUGUCGAUAAGCCAAAAAUAUGCAGAAUAGCUUUUAGUUUUUUUCAUUUUUCA